AUGUCUCUGAAAUACUUAUUAAUUGCCUCUGCAGUGCUGAUCGGCGUGUGCCAUGGUGAUGUGUCGGAAAUAAACGACCAAAAAAUCGAUUUGCUAGUGCCAUUCAAUGAUUUGUUGCCGCCACUGCUGGAUGAAUCAACCAUAAGCCCAACCACAAGCUCAACCACAAGCCCCAGCACUACAUCUACCACAACUACAGUGGCACCUCCUCCUCCCACGGCAGCCAUAACGAAACCCACAAAGAAAUCGUAUUACCUGAAGCCCGCUCAGCUCAACAAGGACGAUAAGGUCAAGCCCAGCUCUGGAAAGCAGACCAUACAGCUCCUCUCGCUGGAUCUGCUGCCACCCUUCGAGGAUGAGGCCAAGCCCGAGGAAUCAAAGCCCCAAGAAGUAGCCAAAGUAGUGGCCGCGAGUGAGCCAAAAUCUGUGGCCAGCCUGGCUCCCACUCCACUGGCAGUACUGAAGCCCCAACAUGUGGCCAAAGUCGCUCCUCCUCCGCAGGCUGUUCUGAAGCCACAGUAUGCACGCAUUGCCUCCCCGGCGAUACAUCCCACACAGGCCUCCAUUGGGGGAAGCUAUACCUCUCGAUUCUCAAACUACUUCCUCACGAGCACCCCGCGGCCACGGCGUGGUCCCCUGCCCACACUGACGCCCUUUCCACGGCACAUCAAGAAGUAG